AAACGGUGACAUAAUACAAAUGUCACGGUGUUUUGUGUAAAUUGUGUUUACAAAUCGUUGAUCUUGAUUCGUUCGUUGUUGCAAAUGGUAUCGAAAGCGAUUUGAAUAGUGAAUGUUACUUGUCUCCUUGCGUUAUUAUUAGAUGUAAAUUGUCGAUCUGUAUUUAACUUGUUACUAUAAUAAUCGGACACUAUUCAGUGCUAAAAAUAAAGGAUGUUAAGUGUUGGUCAGAAGCCAAACUAUUCAAGAAUGUCGAUGUUUUUAUAAUUUCCAUGUGAUUUCUGUAAUUGUUAAUAAACCAAACAUGGGCGGCUAUGAACGCUAUUUGUUUUUGUUGUUAUUGUUUGCUGUGGUAUUAAGAGAAACUCAAACGUUGAAGUACGAUGUACAUUGGCUCAGUGGACCUACCACAAUAGAAAGGGAUAUGCCAUCUCUGAAGAGCAAUCCAGACAUAUAUUGCUACAGUGGAACAUCAAAGAACUUGUUUGCUCUAUGGCAAACUGUUAAACUGAACAUCAAAAUAAAAAAUGACCAGUUCCGCCAAUACAUUGGGGAGAGCCCUGCGCAGGUGUACCAAGAGUACACGGAAGAUAGCUACGGCUGGUCUGUUGUUAAUCCCUUUCAGAAGAGGACACAGAAGUCUGUGUCUGUCAGUCUCUUCACACCAACGUGUAUGGCAAUUAACACGAAAGAGAGCCACAUUAUUGAGUUACAAGUUAUACGAGUGGACAUCUGGCGCAUCCUGUGCAUGUUCUUGGGCGUGGUGCUGGUAUUCUCUUCUCGCGCGCUCUGUGGCAACCCGGUGUUCUUCUACCUGUGCGGAAUCUUCAUCGGCGUGUCUGCAUCCUUCAUGGUCAUCGUGUAUUACUUCAGCAAGUUCCUGCCUAAGAGGGCACUUACCUACGGCGUCCUGAUUGGCGGCUGGACGGUCGGCGUGUACCUGUUCCACCAAAUGUGGGAGAACAUCCGAACCCUCCUCAUAUCCUACCAGACGUACAUGUUCUGGUACACCAUGCUGGUCGGCUUCGUCAGCUUCAUCAUCUGCUACAGAAUAGGGCCGCCGCAAAACGAGCGCAGCAAGAAUAUUGUUAAGUGGACUUUAGAGGGUAUAGGCAUCCAGAUGAUAUUCUUCAGCAGCGAGUAUCAAGAGGCGGCCGCUGCGGUCAUAGUGAUCUCACUCGUCGUCAAGUACUUCCCCCAGUCGUUACUCAACAGGAUACUUGGUUACUGGCGUCGCAAGUUCCCGCCGAAGCCAAGACUCCUGAGCAGUGAGGAGUACUACGAGGAGGGCGCGCGCGAGACCAAGAUGGCGCUCGAGAACUUGAGGAAGUACUGCUCCAGCCCGGACUGCGCGCAGUGGAAGAUCAUGCUCAAACUUAACGAUUCCAAGAGAUUCGCAAGUUUCGUCGAAGGCAACUCUCAUCUGAGUGACGACGAGGUAUUAGACUACGAAGCUUAUGCGUUCUCCUUAGACCGAACCAGGAAACCAGACCCCACAGCCAACUCGACGCGGAAUAUGGAGAUAUCUGACGAUGAUGACGACACCGACUAUGAUGAUGAUUGAAUUUGUUCCUUUAGUGGUAAAGAAUAGAGUUUAGUUUUAAUCACACCCCUUAUUCUUCUUGCCAUUUUCUUAACUUUUUUUGUUUAGGAUAUCUGGAUAAUUUAUUCUAAUGAAUGCCAGGUAAGUUUAACGAAAGCUUGUGCAAACUUAUUUUGGCUAUUAUUAUUUCUGCCCGCCUGCUUGGAAAAGCAUGAAUCUCGCUUAGCAUAAUAAUGACAGUCGCACUGUGAUUCGUGCAAACGUGAAAUAAAUCGGGCAAUUUUAUUCUCAGCCAGCAAACCACAAAAGUAAGCAUUAUAAUGGCGCUUAGUACGAAUUUUCAUUUAUUUUAAACAAGUUUUUAUAGUAUCAAAGUAUUCUUUAGCACGUCUACGUGAAAACGAGACGUCGCCUUUCCUAUAAUGCGCCAUCUUGCUUCAACACAUAAAUUUCUGUUUUUGGUACACCUGGCAGCAGUUCUAAGAUUUAAAAAUAAUUUGAUAUUACGUAUAGAACUAAUAAAUACUUAAAAUAAUAAACAUACACUAAUGAAUAAGGGGGUUUUAUAUAAUAUGAGAAUGAUCUCUAUUUUGUAUGUCUUUUCUGUAUGUUAGAUUUUUUAUAAGUAGGUGGAACAUUAAUGUUUAAUUACUCUUUUCAGUUUGAAUAUCUUUUGGUCUAGUACGAGUCCUUUUCUGCGCUAUAUCAAAAUUUCUAGCCGAUUUAUGAACCAUUUAAGUAUAUGAAAAUAUAUUUUUAUAACUUAAGAUUGGUUUUGAAAAAUUUCUUUGUGUUUAAAAUUAAUUUAGUAACGUAAAUGUUUCUACUUUUGUGUAAAGUUCUGAAACCUUUUUUCUUAUUUUUGUAAUUUUCGCGAAUAAAGGGUAAGUUAAGAUUUUUUUGCUUCUUAACAAUUUACUUAUGAAUAUUGUGUCAAAUGUUUUUUGGAUUAUAAUUAAUUAUCAUCUAGUCGGUAUACGGUCGUGCUAAAAUAUUUUUUAUGGCAACAUUUAUGUUUUGAAUGAUGUACAUAGACUGUUCAUAUUUACCACUGACACCUCUAAGACGCUGGCCCAGGAACACACUCGUGGUGCUAGAAAUCGGCAUAAAUUAUUAAAAAAGUAGUUGUUGUUGACAUGUAGAAGGAAUAUUGGAUAAUCUUUACAUAUCAUUAAAACAAUAUUUAACAAAUUGUGUCUGUACAUUAAAAAAAUAGGGGCGUCUAAAAACAGCUAUAGAGCACGAACUAAAAAAAAUAUGUCUGUUUGUACACGCUAAGCUUCGGAUAUUAUUAGAUACGACCAUACGACAAAAAAAAUGGUCAAGAUACCGAUGUUACGUGUAACGUCACUCUCUCGUUCAUUCUCACUUGUUUAAAUCAGUAGCCCCGUAGUGUGCUAUUCGCUUAUUAUGUAACUACAAAGUAGAUUUAUACUUUUUUAACCAGGUAUCAAAGACGUCAGUGGUAUUUAUGAAGUCUAUCUCGUAGCUAAUUAUGAACUUGAUUAAGGCUAAGAAAGAUUGCAGUGCCACCAGAUUCCAGAUUGGCUCUUGAAAAUCAGAACUUAGCCUUAAAUGAAUUUAUAAUUCGUUAAUUAGUGCCAGAAGUUCUUAAAGUAUGUUUUGAGGAAUAUUUUUUGUAAUACUUUUCUUUCUUGAUUUAUAUUAUAAUAUGUAUGCUUUACUUAUUAGGUUCAAUCAUCUUCAUAGUUUGGUGUUACUAUUUUCCUUAGUUUAAAAUUCAUAAUUAACAAUUGGAUACGUCAUAAAAACCAAUUUAGAAUGAAAACUUUUUGUAAAAUAAAGGUCUCCGUCCAACUUUUUCGUCAUUACGUCAACCUUUGACGUCAUGACGUAAAACUGUCCUACAGCUGGGCUAAGGCCUCUUCCUAUUUCAAAAGGGAUGGUGCAUAGAGAAAGUACCAUUUGUUUCCAACCUAAUAUCUGUCUUUUUAAAAAUUAUAAUCUCAUUAUUA